UUGGCGGGCCUUCCUGCCCCGCCGGAAGUUGGUCUCGCGCCUCCGCCAUGGCCGGCGAGCUGCGGCGCCUGAAGGAGGCCGCCGUGGUUCUCGGGGGCGGCGGCCUGAUCUUCGCCGCGCACCUGGCCGCGAGGGGCGACGAGCGCUUCUACCGCCGGUGGCUGAUGCCGGGCCUGCAGCGCGUGGUGGGGCCCGAGACCGCCCACCGGCUGGCGGUGCGCCUCGUUGCUCUGGGCGUGGUGCCCUGGCCCGGCCCGGCCGACCCGGAGAUCUUGGAGGUCCGGGCUUUCGGGCGGCGAUUUCGGAACCCGCUGGGGCUGGCCGCUGGAUUUGACAAGCACGGAGAGGCCGUGGACGGGCUCUACAAGAUGGGCUUUGGCUUUGUGGAGGUGGGGAGCGUCACGCCCGAGCCCCAGGAAGGCAACCCCAAGCCCCGGGUCUUCCGGCUCCCCGAAGACCAGGCGAUUAUCAACAGGUAUGGGUUUAAUAGCCAUGGGCACGCUGUGGUGGAGCGCAGGCUUCGAGCCCGGCAAGUCACUCAGCACCAGCUCAGCAAAGCGGGGAUGCCCCUUGGAAUAAAUCUGGGAAAGAACAAGUAUUCUGUGGAUGCAGCUGCUGACUACGUUGCAGGAGUGCGCACGCUGGGUCCGCUGGCUGAUUACGUGGUGGUGAAUGUUUCCAGCCCGAACACGCCAGGACUGCGGGCCCUGCAGAGCAGAGCAGACCUUCAUCUCCUACUUACAAAGGUCCUGGCUGAGCGGGAUUCCCUCCCAGGUAAGCACAAACCGGCUGUGCUGGUGAAGAUUGCACCAGACCUGACAAGCCAAGAGAAACAGGACAUUGCCAGCAUUGUGAGCCAGUUGGGCAUCGAUGGACUGGUGGUGACCAACACCACUGUGAGCCGUCCUGAGACCCUUCGUGGGGCUUCUUGCAGUGAAGCAGGAGGGCUGAGUGGUGCUCCCCUACGACAGCUCUCCACCCAGAUGGUCAGCGAGAUGUAUUCUCUAACCCAAGGGCGCAUACCAAUCAUUGGCGUGGGUGGCGUCUGCACCGGCCAGGAUGCCUUGGAGAAGAUACGGGCAGGUGCCUCCUUGGUCCAAAUGUACACAGCCCUUACUUACCAUGGACCACCUGUUGUGGGUGCCGUAAAGCAGGAGCUUGAGGUUCUAUUGAGAGAACAAGGAUUCCAGUGUGUUCAGGAUGCUGUGGGAGCCGAUCACUGCCUCUGAGGAUUCCUGGCCCAGGUUUAGUGUGACAAUAGGGACCCUCUGAAUGCCCUGGACCAGCAGAAAGACUGGGCAUGUGUCAUUUGAGAUCCAGCUAGCUAUUUCUUGCCCUUCAUGAAGGGUGCUUCUCUGAUGUCAACUGAGCUACAGUUUCUCUCAUGGGAGGAGGAGGAGCACAUCGUCUCCCAAUUUUAGGGCCUUUUUCUAAAUUGGUCCUUCUGCAACCCAGAACAUUGUUUCCCUGCCACAGAAUGAGCAAAUAUUGACACAGCCAGUAGGCCAAGCUGGAUUUGAACCUUUUUUAAAAAAAAUUAACAUGUAACAAGGGAGAAAUGGUUGGUUGUUGGCAUAUAUCCUCCACUGAGAAAGGGUAGAAGCUAGAGAGCUUUCCUGAUGUCUUGAGACUGACACAGGCAGUACUCCAGCACAAAGAAGUUAGAUAUGGAUAACAGAGUCUGAAAGGAACACAAUAUUGAUGUUCCCUUUGUUGAAUCUCAGUCUUGUUUCCCCACCCCCACCCCACCCCCCCCAAAAAAGCUUGGGAGGCUUGUACCACACUUAAGUAGAGGAAACCAGCUUUUUGCCACUCGGGAGAUGCAGAAAUUGUUUUGGAGCAGACAGUACUUUUGGCUUUUUAAAAAUAAAGUUAUUGAUUAAGGUU